AUAAGAUAAGCAAAGAAGUCUUUCUCUCCAACUUCUCAAAGGCUUAUGGCUUCCUAAAAACAAGUGAAACUUUCAGCAUUCCACAGCUGAUUUAAAGCAACAAAUGCCUGUGAAACAGCAAAGAUGGUAAGCAAAGCAAACUAGUUUUUCAGUCUAAGUCAAAAUUGAACCAAGUUUCUUCCUCUAGUACGGUAAAACCAGCUGCACGUCAUGGCAAUGGAAGUGCUGUCUAGAUUUUAAAAAAAUAAGGAAAUGAAAUACUUCAAUACAUUAGAAGUUCUCAAAAUUCAACAUUUCUUCUUGGAUAAAAGCGUUUAUGGCACCAGUUUUGAAUCUAAACAUAAGAAUGCAGCUCGCUGUAGACAGAAUACUGUGAAGUAGGGUUGGGAGGGGGUAUUUUGUGCCCAGUAUCUUUCGUUGAAGAUGCUCAAACAGACUGCGUGUACUGUUAUUUUAAGAAAAUUAAAAGACUUGUGAAGUCAGGAAUUGAUUUAGAUUGACAGAUGCCAUCUCAGCUAUUGGGAGUUUGAAGCAAGCCAUUGCAAACUUGACAUUUAGUUGGAUGCCUGACUGUUCAGUUUUGACACAGCGUUACAGGAAUACCUGGUACAUGUGGCAGAACCUGUGACAAGUUAUGACUCAGGUAAAGCCAUGAAGUUCAAAUGAUGCUCUUGAAUGUAGUAUACGUGAAGACCUCCAACUAAAAGCAAAACCAAAGCUUUUUACUUCUGUUUAGUCCUCAGUACGUUUUGUCAUUCAACUUAUGGAUUUAACGUGGCAGUGCACCAUUGAAAAGGAAUGAGAAUCCAUAAGCCAUGCAACCAGUCACUAAGUCAUUCCAGUCCAUUCCAGACCAGUGAAUCCUCCACCACUUUAAAGAGAAGUAGUAAAACUUGAAACAGACUAAUCUGCAAACCCAAGCUUGUGACUCUUGAAAUGGGGGGAAGCACUAUAGAUUGACUCGUGCUGUAAAAUGUAUUUUUCUCAGCUUGCUUUAUUUUGAUUACAGGAUGAUAACUUCUGGAAGAUGCUUCUGAAGUAAAGCAGAUUCGUCUGGUUUGGUGGCAGAGAUGAGUGAUGCCUGUACUGAUAGAUCAGACAAGAAGAAGGCAGUGCAGCAGUGGAUAUACACUGGAAAAUAGAAGAACAACAAAAUGCAGCUAGCCAAAGUCGACUUUUGAGCGUGGUGUCACCCAGUAUUUGUUUCAGAGUUGUGUUACAAUUUAAGGAAUUUUCUUUGAAAGUAGCCCAUCUGAUCUUUUAUAUCUAAGUAUUUCUUAGAUGAAAAUCAGUUGUCUUCUGUAGCUUACAUCUUUCAAGAGCUGGGAGUCUUAUUUUUAUGCAGUAAACACGCAUCAGGAAAUUCUGCAGCAGAAAAACACUCAGGGUUCUUCUUUACAUGUACUGCUUUUCCUCUUUCCUAAAAGAAGAGCCAGGUAUAGGAAAGUGUGUUAGAGUCCUCUAAAAUGUAGAGGACUAAAUAGCUCCAAAUUCUUCCUCACCAAGAAACCAGACGGAGUUUUACAGUAUUGUUGCUUGAAAAUUUCCUGAUGUCCAAGCCUUCUGGAUGAGAAGAAAAAAGUAUUGAUGCACUGAGUCAGUAUAAGUGAUAAGUUACCAGAAAGAUGAGUGUUGUUAUGUGUGCUGGGUUCUUAGAAAGCUCCAGCAGGUGCCAGCAGCGCACAUCCUAACAAGUGCAUUCCAUAGAAAAGAGAGGUUUUCUUCAAAAUACUGCCUUGGUUUUGAUGCAUUUUUAUCCCGUCUGUGCCAGAGAGUAAUGCUCAGGUGUGAGUAUUUGAUAAAGAAAACCAACCAGAAUGGCAGAGGUGCUUAGGUAAGGCUUCUAAAAUGUAUACUACUUCUACAAUAGACAAACUUAAAACAGCUCUCAGUUUUUCAGUAACUAAUGAAGAAAAAGCAUGUGUACCCUUUCAAGGUCUUAAAAUUAAUGUCUGUUUUUUGGAUUAAGAGAUUCACUUUAAACUUCAGCUAAAAAUUGCAGAUCCUAAGAGUGGAUAAAACUGCAAUAUUUUUCAGCGUUAAUAAAUAAGCUGUCAAAUAAAAUGAUUGUUUGUUUGAAAUAAAUUCUUAUUUCUUGGAAGAAAUGGUUGCUGACCAGUAUUCUGAAGUGGUGGUUUAUUGUUACGUUUGGUCUUGGCUAUAUUUCUGUGAGGGUGGAUGAAUGAACUGGAAGAUUUCUGUAGUUGGUUCCUGAUGCUCUUCUGAAAUGUAUGAGUUGGAUUUGAGGUGGCUCAUCAGAAGUUUAAAUUUGGAGCUUUUCUGCAUAUGUAAGAGGUGAUUUUUCUGAACUCUUGGGAAGUGCUCAAGAUAUGGGAAAUCUUUUUCAUUUAGUAGUAGUUGAAACCAUUAGCCUGGUAUGUGCUUGGCUGCAAUAGCUGUGUGCAAAGUAGGCAUCAAUCUCUAGAACUGCCCAUCUACCAGGGGGAAAAACGGUUUGCUUUGGAGGAUGCAGCCUGUGAAGUAUUGUGUUCAGGUUUGUAACGCUGCCUGGUGAGGCAAGUUUGUCAUCUUCCCUCUACUGAGAUACAUCUCUGCAGGUUGGAAGCUGUUCCGUUCUGAGUAGAUGACUGAAGUGCCUUUUAUUGACAUGCAUUGUUCAAGGCAUGUACGUUGACCCCCGUAAAAGAAUGAACAUAUGGGAAAAGGAAACCUAAGCUGUGAACGUGGAACUGCCAGUACUUGUUUCUACAGACAGCAGCGCUCACAAGAAGUGGGGGGGGAAAAAGCCUUGAAGAGUCUUGUAAUUAGUCAUAAAUCUGAAAUAUUUAGCACACAUACGGGUUGCUGUAGAUGCAUUGUUAGCAGAUGGCAGUGAGGUCUGCGAUGUAGCUUCAGGCUGCUCUACCAUUCGCGCUGGCUCCUGCUUUGUGUUACCAGGAUUUUCACACAGCAUCCAUUGUGCUAGAGGUCAGAAAUACCAACCACAAGACCUGGAAAGCAAAGACAGCCAUCCAGGUUUACUGCAUGUAGUUUCUCCUUUUACCAUUCUCUUUCUCCUUACCCCUCAAAUAAGGCUGAAUUCUUAAAGAUUGGAUCCUAUAACUACCACAAAAAGGCAGUUUACAAUCGCUGUAGUUCUGAUUUCUAAGCUUUGGUGCUGAGCUAAGAAAAGAAAGUUUCACAUUUGAGCCGUGCAACCAGCAAAAAGGGGCAGGAAGAUGUCAUCACGGAUGUGGGUUAGCACAAGCUGCAGCACGGAACCGCGCGGGGGGCAGAGGGACAGCAAUGAAUCCAGAAGAGCAAGUGGUAACGUGGCUCAUUUCCUUAGGAGUUCUCAACUCCCCGAAGAAAAUAGUUGAUGAUCCAGAGGAGUUCCUGAAAGCUGCUCUGAAGGAUGGGACCGUGCUCUGCAAACUCAUCCAUCGGCUCCUUCCGGGAUCUGCAGAAAAGUAUUGCCUGGAGCCUAAAAACGAAGCUGAUUGCAUCGGUAAUAUUCAGGAGUUCUUGAGGGGCUGUGCAGUUCUUAAGGUGGAGCUGUUUGAGCCGCAUGAUUUGUACAGCGGAGAACAGUUCUCCAAGGUCCUGAGCACAUUGACAGCUGUAAAUAAAGCUACUGAAGAUCAGCCGUCUGAAGGGCCAUGUUUGCAUCCAUCGGCUCUUAGCUCUGCAGCUGGAGGUGCCCAUACCGACUCCAACAGCACAGCCUCACAGUCAGCAAAGGUGCUAAGGAGGCAGUCCAAGGCUGUGGAGAUGACCGAGAAUGGCAGUCAUCAGCUGGUGGUAAAGGCCAGGUUCAAUUUUAAGCAGACCAAUGAGGAUGAGCUCUCUGUUAACAAAGGAGACAUUAUUUAUGUCACCCGGGUUGAGGAAGGGGGCUGGUGGGAAGGGACCUUGAAUGGAAAAACAGGCUGGUUCCCAAGCAACUACGUCAGAGAAAUCAAAUCCACCGAUAAACCACUCUCUCCCAAAGCAUUAAAAGGACUUGAAAGCACUCAGCUGACAAAGAAUUAUUACCCUGUGGUGUUGCAAAAUAUUCUGGAAACAGAACGAGAUUAUGCGAAGGAACUACAGUCACUUCUGGGAACUUACUUAAGACCCCUGCAGUCUUAUGAUAAGCUCAGUGCUGUGGACAUCGCGUCGCUGCUGGGAAAUGUGGAGGAAAUCAGUGCAUUUCAGCAAACCCUGAACCAAGCCUUGGAAGAUGUUGCGAAGCUCCCUGAGAACCAGCAGCGUGUGGGAGGCUGCUUUAUGAACCUGAUGGCCCAGUUCCGCUCCCUGUACCUGACGUACUGCGCGAACCACCCUUCUGCUGUCAAUGUCCUCACGCAGCACAGUGAUGAGCUGGAGAAGUUCAUGGAGAGCCAGGGUGCGGCCAACCCAGGCAUUCUCAUCUUAACCACGAGCCUCAGCAAACCCUUCCUGAGGCUGGACAAAUAUGUGACUCUUCUGCAGGAGCUGGAGCGGCACAUGGAGGAGGCGCAUGCAGAUCACGAUGACAUCCUGAAAGCCAUCACAUCCUUCAAGUCUCUGGUGUCGCAGUGCCAGGAGCUGAGGAAGAGGAAACAGCUUGAGCUGCAGAUCCUUUCUGAAUCCAUCCAGCGCUGGGAAGGAGAGGACAUAAAAACAAUGGGAAACAUCAUCUACAUGUCCCAGGUCAUGGUGCAGAGCGGGGGCAGUGAGGAGAAAGAAGAGCGAUAUUUCUUGUUGUUUUCAAACGUUUUGCUCAUGCUGUCUGCAAGCCCGAGAAUGAGUGGGUUCAUCUAUCAGGGAAGGCUGCCUUUAACAGGAAUGACGCUGACAAAGCUGGAAGAUGCAGAAGGGAAUGAGCAUGUGUUUGAAAUCGCAGGGAACAUGAUGGAGCGCAUCACUGUGUCCUGCAGCACCAGCCAGGACUUGCACGAGUGGCUUGAGCACUUGCAGAGGUUGACCAAAGGGACGUGCAACACCGUGUCCAAAACACAGUCCUGGAGCACCCAUUCGACAUUUGGCUCCACCGGUCAGAUCCGUGGUCCCCUGGAGCCCCCCAAAAUCCUCAAACCCUGGAGCUUGAGCUGCCUCCGUCCCGCUCCUCCCCUCCGACCAUCGGCAGCGCUGAGUUACAAAGAGAGGAUGUCUUAUAUCUUAAAGGACUCCAGCAAAAGUCCAAAAACCAUGAAGAAGUUUCUUCCAAAAAGGAAAACUGAGAGAAAAGCAUCAGAUGAAGAGUUUGUUAUUAGGAAAAGUACUGCUGCACUGGAGGAAGAUGCUCAGAUCCUGAAGGUGAUCGAGGCGUACUGCACCGGGGCGGGCUUCCAGCAGGCACUCAGCUCAGGCUCCCGAAAGGACUCCAUCCCCCAAGUCCUUCUUCCCGAGGAGGAGAAAAUCAUCAUUGAGGAAACGAGAAGCAAUGGUCAGACUGUCACAGAGGAAAAGAGCCUCGUUGACACGGUUUAUGCACUGAAAGAUGAAGUGAAGGAACUGAAACAGGAGAACAAAAGGAUGAAGCAGUGUUUGGAGGAAGAGCUGAAGUCUCGGAAGGACCUGGAGAAGCUGGUGCGGCGGCUGCUGAAGCAGACAGAUGAGUGCAGCAGGGAGGAGACGGGACGCAAGUCAUCGCUGAUUGCCUGAGCUCGAGGAGAAGCUGCUGGCAGUGUGACCUCAGGUGUAUUUUGGGAUGCAGAACUGGAUCCUUUGCCUCUUCUUCCUCCUCAUUUGGUUGGUUCGGGGAAUUUUAUUACCAAAAAAAGAAAAGAAAAAAUAUAUAUAUUGUUUUUCUUCCAUUUAAUAAGGAAAUGAAGCAAACAAGCAAUCGACCACAACUCAAGCAGUCAGCGAGCGGUCCGUGAUUCACAAUCCAUCUGCAGCAGCUGAUACCUCAUAGGAGCAAACCCAGCCUGUGCCAGUGACUGCCGCUCACAGAGGGUCUGGCAGCAGUUUCCCAUCACUUCUUGAUGCUUCCAUUCUCUUCAAAAGCACCUGUCCCUAUUUAUUGAAUGAAAGCACGAUUGAGUUGGCAAUGAGCAGAAACCAAAAAGCACCGUGCUCUUUUUUUCAGAUAAUCACGACUGGGGAAGCUAUUCCCAUCACUUUCUUCUUCCCCAUUAAUUGACUGUAGUGAAUUACAGCCCAGCAAUACUGCGGGUCCUGUGUGGCCUCGAUACUGAUUAAAACAUGCAAUUGACACCAAGGUGUUUUAACCCCUUGGGGAAGUCAAACCUGGAGCACCUGUCAGAGCACACGGGAAGGUGUGUUGCACAGUACUGCCUCCUAAGAGCUCGUUAGCACAACAGGUAAUGCCCUCAGCCCCUUUUCUUAAGCAUGACCUGAAAUUCUUACCCCCUGCCUUCUUUUCACUUGGAGUGUCCACGUAUUAUAUGAGUUUAUAGUUUUGCUGUGCUUCCCCUCGCAGGAUAUGCUUUUCUACAUAUGAAAUGCAAACACUGCUUGACAGCAAAAACAGCCCCCAGAUAUGCUCGUCCCCUGCUCCUUUUGCCCACAUUAGGCUCCUGCCUGAAGGCCAGGAUGGCUGCUUCUCCCCCAUUGCCCCAGAGGGGCUUUUCUUAUAGGAAAAAGCAACUUUUUGGAUAGGAAAGGUAUUUAUAUUUAGGCUUUGACAGAGAGCUUGAAUGCUCCUGGGGCAAGGACGUGCAGCACCUCCCAGAUCUACGCACAGCUCCUUGAACACAGCACAUGGACAACAUGCAUAUGUAUCGGUUAUCCUCACCUUAUUUGGUGUUAUACCUUAGUUUAUAACUGAUGUUUUCCUUCCUUCCUUAGCAGCAUUUACGAUUAACCUUCCGUUAAUUAUAAGCCUUCAGAGUAUCACAGGGCAGCACAGUCCCUGUGUGUGCAGACACACUGCAGCUCCUUACAGUCCUACGUCAGUCAUGAAGGAUGUAACAGAGGCAAUAAUUACAAUUCUCUCCUUGCAAUUAAAAUUCAGUCAAAGAGUCUUUAGGGAGAGCUGGACCCUGCUGUGCUGGAAAGCCAUUUCCCAGCAUAACCACCUUCCUGCUUAUGCUGGCUUGGUUGCAGCACUGUCUGCCCCAGCAUCAUCAUGCCCAAAGGUGGGCUGGGUUGAGGUUCACACUGUGCAGUCAGCACAAGGAAGAAAACCAAGGGCUGUUUGUACACCUAGGAGAGGGUAGGAAUGUUUCCCCACUACCCACAGUUUAGUUGAAGCCCGUGCUGUGUACAUAUGCAUGUUUGUAAGAUGUAAGGUGAUGGGAGGUGUUGGAUCAGGCAUUUGUUAAGAGCUAGAAGCCAAAAAAAUAAAAAAAAAUAAAUAAAAAAGGAAAAGAAGCCAUGCCGGAUGGACAGCAAUGUUUCCAUAUUUACUUUGUUUACAGUGCUUUGUAAAUAGGUUCCAGUCAGUCUGUCUUUAGAUGGAUGUUGUGUCAGCUGCCUUCCACUCUAUCUUUGUCACGUAGGUUUAUUUACUGUAACUACUUGUGCGAGUUCAACUUUUCUAACGUGUUUUUAUUUUGGACAGUUUUUUAAUUGACAUUUUCAACAAAUAAAGGAUAAAAAUCGCUUCUUA